AUGAGAGAAGACCCAAAAAUAGUACUUAGAAAGUAUCAAAAGUAUUGCCAUGGUCAUACAGAUGCUCUUCAACUUACAGAGCUUCCAGAAAGAGGUCAGAUCAAGAAGUUAACUGAGAAUGUUCCCAACAGCCAUCAUAUUGUAGUAAAAUGGAGUGAUGAUGAAGUAUGGGCAAAUGAAUAUCCUCAUAGAGAUAAUUGUAAGCUCAAGGAUGAACCUGAAUACAAGGAAGAAUAUGAAAGACAAUGGCUGAUUUCAGUAAAGCUAAUAAAUGUUGGAUAUGUAAGAAAGGAAUUCCAAGAACCCAACAAGGAAAAUCUUGCAAAAGGAAAUAUACUGAAAUCAAUGGCACAGAAGAUUACUGAUAAAAAAAGAAAAGAAAAGA